AUGUCAACAACACCUGCAACGUCGGAUUACCAUUCCUCUCACCACCAAGGAAGUGGAAGCGGAAGCGGAAGUGGAAGUGGAAGCCACUCGCAUCACAUCAACGGCCAGACUCAGACUCAACCUUCACGAUCGCAGUCGACCCGCUCCCGGCCAACCUCUUCGGCUACUGGAGCUCCCCACCGCUCUGCCUCCCACAACCACCACUCCAGCCAUAACCAUAGCCAGAGCCAUAGCCACAGCCACAGCCGCCAGACCUCUACGUCAGGUCGCCCCGUCCAAGACGUGCUGCCUCAGCGGGAUUAUGAGACGAGCAACGUAGCCUCCAAAAGAAGUUCGAGCCGAGACCAUCAACCCCCGCUUGCGACGCGGGGUGCCAGCGCCGAUUCGAAAGGCGUCCAUCGCCGAACCAGCAGUCGGACUCCCAGCCAUCCUCCUGGCGAAAUGGCUGGCCCUACAGUUGUUGUGAACAAUGGAGCGGCCACGGCCGUCCCACCCGUGAUGCAAGCCGCAGCAGAUGCACGUGCGACAGGAGCCAAGACCAGGACGACGCGCACAUCAAUCCCCACGCAGUCAGGGAAAUGGAUCUUGGGCAAGACGAUUGGUGCUGGUAGCAUGGGCAAAGUCAAGCUUGCCAAGAAGGAAGACGGCACUGAGCAGGUUGCGUGCAAGAUCAUUCCGCGAGGGUCCACCGAAGAGAAUCACCACAGCCGCGCCGAUAAAGAGCGCGCCGACCAGUCCAAAGAGAUUCGCACGGCGCGUGAGGCGGCCAUCGUCACACUGCUCGAUCACCCCAAUGUAUGUGGCCUUCGGGAUGUUGUGCGGACAAACCAUCAUUGGUACAUGCUCUUCGAGUACGUGAACGGCGGUCAGAUGCUCGACUACAUUAUCUCUCACGGCAAGUUGAAGGACAAGCAGGCGAGGAAGUUCAGCCGACAGAUCGCGAGCGCUCUGGAUUACUGCCACCGCAACAGCAUCGUACAUCGUGACCUAAAGAUCGAGAACAUCCUCAUCGCCAAGACCGGAGAUAUCAAGAUUAUUGAUUUCGGUCUGAGCAAUCUGUUCGCGCCCAAGGGGCAUUUGAAAACAUUUUGUGGAAGUCUUUACUUUGCUGCCCCCGAGCUUCUCCAAGCCCGGGCUUACACUGGACCUGAGGUGGAUAUAUGGAGUUUCGGUAUUGUUCUGUACGUCUUGGUAUGCGGAAAGGUUCCAUUCGACGACCAAAGCAUGCCAGCCUUGCAUGCUAAGAUCAAGAAGGGAGUCGUGGAUUAUCCCAACUGGCUAAGUACAGAAUGCCGGCAUCUACUCUCGCGCAUGCUUGUUACCGACCCCAAGUUAAGGGCGACCAUGCAAGAAGUCCUGAAUCACCCGUGGAUGAUGAAAGGAUAUGGAGGCCCACCAGAGAACCACCUGCCUGCGCGCGAGCCGCUGACCUUGCCUUUGGACCAAGAGGUGAUCAACGCAAUGACCGGCUUCAAUUUUGGUCCCCCGGAAGUCAUCAAGGCUCAAUUAACCAGAACGAUUGAAUCUGAAGAGUACAAGAGAGCCGUUGCACUCUGGCAGAAGGAGAGGGACCUACCAGUUCCGGCGAGAGAUGUCGAGAAGAAGAGGGGGUUUGGUUUCGACUUCUACAAGAGGAGAAACUCGGCUAACAGCCGGGAUAACUUGACGGCGCCCAGCGUAGAAGGUCUCCCACUCGGCAGUGACCCUCUCAACGCCUUCAGCCCCCUCGUUUCUAUUUACUACCUGGUCAAAGAGAAGCAGGACCGGGACACGGUCGACGUUGGUCCGAAGCACCAUGCCCCAAAGAAUGUUGCCGAUACACCAAUGCCCGAAAUCGUCCCCCCACAGGAGGCACACACAAACACUGCAUCUUAUGAAAUGCCUGGGGAAAGGCCUACUGGCGGCCGGUCACGACCUAGAGCUCGAACACACGGUGAGGAUGAUGCUCCCGAGGACGUCAAGAAGGCGCAACCAUCGCCGCCGCUUCCCAAAGCACCAGAUGGACAACAGCUAGAAGUCCCACACAAGAAGGAGAGCGCAGCAGCCGGGCUUCUUCGUCGGUUCAGUACCCGCCGCCGCAAGGAUCCCGAACGUCUGGAGAAAGAUCGAUCUCACCCGCCCGUGGUUCACGUGCAUUCGCCUGAGAAUCCUACAACGCCGCGCAAAAGCUUCAGUAUCAGGAGAUCGCGGCGUGAUCGGGACGAAGAAGAAGCACCGCGUCUGCGCUCUGGUAGCAGCCAACCACAGCAUCGCGAUCUUUUGAGCCCACCACUAUCGGCUGGCGACGGUAGCUCUAAUAGCAAAGGGCUUGGACGGUCGACCAGUGUCAAUUCUGCAGACUACAGAAGGCGUCCGUUUGGCUCGGCUAAUAGAAUCAGCAAAGACCCGCCCCCCACAAGUGGCUCAGAUCAUUCAAUCACGGACAAGUCCCCGGCUGAUCCAAAAGCCGCAAUCAGUGCCCGCGCUGCUUCAAUGAGGGCCAAGUCCCUUGGGCAUGCCCGAAGGGAAAGUAUUCAAGCGAGACGGGCCAAGAGAGAAGGAAACCGAGCACCUGACGUUCCUGAAGAGACGGACGCAGAACUUGGCGAGGCCAGCGGUACUUCGGCAGAACGUCUCGACGACUCUGAGUUGGCCAAGCCUGUGUUCCUCAAGGGGCUAUUCAGCGUCUCGACAACAUCAGGGAAAUCUGUGCCGCAGAUACGUGCCGAAGUGAAGAGGGUGCUAAAGCAACUUGGUGUUGACUACACUGAAAUUCGCGGUGGAUUCAACUGUCGCCACCGGCCUAGCAUCGAUCUCAGUAAGGUAGCUGACAUGCCCAUGAGCCCAGGUGCCACUCCAGGCCACCGUCGCAGAUUCAGCUUUGGCAUUCGCGGUGAAAGAGACCGGGAUGAGCUCCGAGACAUGGACAGACAGCCAGGGACGCCACGCACAAAUGGGAGACAUAACGAUCGGAGCGACUCAAACUCGGAGCUUUCUGAGAAUGACAGUACUCAUGAUACCGGUGGCUCGUCCCGCAGAGUACCUGGCGAGACCACGACACAGGUGCAGAGCGAUUUGGGUGGAAGCAUGGCGCUGGAGUUCGAGAUCAUGAUUGUCAAGGUGCCUCUACUGUCACUGCAUGGCCUACAAUUCAAACGCAUAGAGGGCAAUACAUGGCAGUUCAAGAACAUGGCCGAUCAGAUUCUUAAGGAGCUCAGGCUAUGA